AUGAGUGGAAUGGAGCUUGUUCCUUGGAACAGAGUUCUUGGUAUCCUCAAACCGCUCAAACGUGAACUUAGUUUCAUCUUUUCCUACAAGGAAAAGGCUGAGAGCCGUGACCAUCAAUUUGACAAACUGAAGAUAGCAUGGGAGAUGGUGCUACAUGAUGUUGACAACGCCGACAGAAAAGGAGAAGAAAUCAUGCAGUGUGUGAAGGACUGGCAGAAAGAAGCCGAACCCAAGGUUAAGGAGUCCGACAGACUCGCGGUUGAGGACCCCAAGUGCUUCUUUGGCUGGUGUCCUAAUUUGAAAUACCGAUACGACCUAAGCAAGAAAGCCGACGAGGAUGUACAUGUCCUUGAUAAGCUUCUGGAUCUUCAUAAGCAAUUCAAAGACAAAAUUUCUCAACCUUAUGAUCCGCAGGUGAGAUGGGCGUCGCCAUCGGAGAGUUAUGUGGCCUUCGACUCGAGAGAGUCUAUUCUGAGACUGAUUUUGGAGGCAUCAAAAGAUGAUACUUUGAAGGUCAUUGGCGUGCAUGGUGAAGCUGGAGUAGGGAAAACUACACUCAUCAAUCGAGUAGCCCAUAUGGCUAAGGCGGACAAGGUGUUUGAUUGGGUGGCUCUUGCAAAUGUAACCCAGACGCCAGAUGUUAAGAACAUUCAAAGAGAGAUUGCGGAGUGUAUCCGUGUCAAUUCUCUGGGGGACUCACCAGAUGCAAGAGCAAGCAAGCUGCGCACUAUAUUGGGGAAGAAGAAAAAGAUUUUGGUGAUUUUGGAUAACAUUUGGGCGAGUUUAAACUUGGAAGAAGUCGGAAUUCCAUUCGGAGAUCAUCAGCAUAGAGGGUGCAAGGUGCUGAUAUCAUCAAGAAAUCCCAGUGUUUUACUUGAAAUGAAUGCUGAUAAAUCCUUACCGGUUCAUGUUUUAAAAGAAGGUGAAGCCUGGAAACUGUUUAAGAAAAUUGUUGGUGAUCGUGCUAAUGAUGCUGAUGUGCAGUCUACAGCUUCUGAUGCAUGUAAGAGAUGCGGGGGGUUGCCGCUUACCAUCGUGACAACUGCAAAUUACUUAAAGAAGAUGCCUCCCUCUGAAUGGGAAACUGCUUCAAAACAGCAAAUAAGUCCUUCCACAGCCGUAGAGUCGAGUUUCAAUCAUUUGGCUAAUGAUGAACUUAAAUCUGCUUUCCAGCUUUGUAGCCUCAUGCCAUACAAUGCUACCAUUUUCGACUUGAUGAAAUAUGGUAGGGCUUUCGGUUUCCUUCGAGGAAACGAAACAACGGAAGAAGCACAUCGGAGACUACACAGACUGAUACAAUACCUCAAAUCCACAUGUUUAUUAUUUGAUGGUCAUAUGGCCGAGGAGUUUGCAAUGCAUGAAGUCAUUCGCGAUGUCGCUGCAUCAAUAGCAACCAGGAAGGGGGGUAUGUAUUUUAUGAGAAACGAGAUUGGACCAAGAGAGUUGCCAUAUCCCGAGCUAAGAAACUUGACUGCAAUCUCGCUGUUCUACAACGAUUUCAUUAGACUUCCGGACCGGCUCGAAUGUACGCAGCUUAAAGCUUUUCAACUUUACAACAAGAAUCCUACUUUGAGAAUCUCUGAUCAAUUUUUCUCAAAGAUGGAAGAAUUGCAAGUCUUAGAUGUGAAAGGAGUGCAGAAUUUGUCGUUGCUUCCUUCAUCACAUGGCCUGUUGGACCUUAAAACGUUAUGUUUGGAGUCAUGCUUGUUGCAACAAAUAGAAAUGGUUGAGAAGAUGAAGAAACUCGAAAUCCUUAGCUUCUGCGAUUCCAUCAUAGAAGCGUUGCCUGAAGAAAUCGGGCAAUUGACUCAGCUAAAGGUGUUAAACUUGGAUAAUUGCUCCAAACUGAGCGAGAUUCCCCCGAAUGUAAUAUCGAAGUUGUCUCGACUGGAAGAACUACACAUUGGUAACAGUUUUGCUCAAUGGGAGGAAGGACAACGUGCAGGGCGCCAUGCUAGUCUCAGUGAGUUGAAUCUGUUGCCUGAUCUAACCAGUUUAAACCUGCAUAUCUCUGAUUACAGUAAAAUGCCAAAGAGAACCUUCUCGGACAAGUUGCAAAAAUUCAAGAUAUUGAUCGGAAACACGUGGGAUUGGUCGGACAAGCAUGAAGCCUCAAGAAUGUUGAAGCUCAAGCUCAAUGAUACUGAAGAUCUGUAUCUGGAUGAACUGAAGGGUGUUAGGGAUUUCUUAUACGAUUUCGACGAGAGUAGAACAGGCUUUCCAAAACUGAAGUAUCUCCAUAUCCAAAAUGGUCCGGAAACGAGGCACAUCGUUAACUUGGUUGAGGAGGUUACCCUUGUUGUCUUUCCUGUCUUGGAGUCAUUUUAUCUUCAGAAUUUGGUUAACUUGGAGAAGAUAUGUAAUGCUCAGCUUGAAAUGCAACCCUUUGCAAAAUUAAGAGAGAUAACUGUGGAAAGUUGCUAUAGAUUGAAGAAUUUGUUUUCAUUCUCCAUUGCCAGAGGCCUUCAACAACUUCAAGAAGUUCAAGUGGCGGAUUGCAGAAACAUGGUAGAGAUCAUUACAGAGGGAAGAGGAAGUGAUGUUAGUGACUGUGAAGCAACAACCACAGUUGAAUUUGAGCAGUUGCGAUCCUUGACACUACAACAAUUACCGAAGCUGAUCGGCUUCAAUGCAAGCAGUACGACUGUAGCACUAUUCAAUGAAAAGGUCACAUUUCCCAGGUUACAGAAUUUGAAAUUGUCCUUUAUUAACGCCUCACGAAUGUGGCCGGAGCAGAUUUUUUCAGUGCCUACUUGCAUUCAAAAUUUAACCAGUAUCACUGUGGAGAGUUGUGGUAAUCUUAAAUUCCUACUAUCAUCCUCUAUGGUACCAAGUCUGGAGCAAUUGAUCCAUCUGGAAAUAAGUGACUGCAAGCUAAUUGAGGGAAUCAUUGAAGAAGUGGAAACGGAGGAAAUGAUGGAGAAAAUAGUGUUCCCGAAUCUUAGCUCCUUAAAGAUAAAAGGCCUUCCAAGGCUGACCAGAUUUUGCUCAGGCAAAGCAGUGCAGUUUCCAUCCUUGAAACAAUUGCAGAUAGAGCAUUGUCCUAAGCUUGGGACCUUCAUCUCCAACUUCAUGAAGAAAGGAAUUCAGCCUCUCUUCAAUGAAAAUGUAGCAUUUUCUAGCUUGGAGAAGAUGGUAAUCUCCCACUUGAGAAACUUGAAAAUGUUGUGGAAUGAUCAAUUACCUGAAAGUUCCUUCUGCGAACUAAAAACAAUGGAAGUUGAGUACUGUUCGCAGCUACAGACUGUAUUCCCAUUUAAUAUGGUAGAAAGAUUUCGAAGGUUGCAGACCCUGAUAAUGAAUGGUUGUGCUUCAUUGGAAGAAGUUUUCGGUUUUCAAAGGCUCAAUGUCGAUGAAAACGAGGCUGGGGUAGCUAUUCCGUUGAAGAAACUAUACAUGUAUGACUUACCAAAGUUGAAACAUGUCUGGAGUAAGGAUCCCCAAGAAAUGAUCACUUUCAAAUAUCUGACUUCUGUAUAUGCUUUCGGAUGCGAGAGUCUGAAAAGCCUCUUUCCGGCCUCAGUUGCAAGAGGCCUUCGGCAACUUGAAAGUGUUGAAAUAGACACUUGUGGGGUCGAACAUAUUGUUGCAAUGAAUGAAACUCCUCAACCUGAAACCAGAUUCGAGUUCCCUAGGCUAACCUUUCUGCGAAUUUGGAAACUUUUAAAGCUCAAAAGUUUCUACCCCGGAGAUCAUUCAACUGAAUGGCCAGUGCUGAAGAGAAUGGUGACCUACCAUUAUGGUGAUAUGAGAAUUUUCACCUCGGAACAACUCAGAAAUAAGCAGAUGCGGAACAUUUCUCAGCCGCUCUUUUUAGUAGAAAAGGUGGUUCCAAAUUUGGAUGAACUUACAUUAGACAGUAAGGACAUCUCGAUGUUAAUUCGCGAAGACUUACCUCCUUAUCUUUUUAGCGACGUAAAAGUUCUGCAAGUGCAUUGUUACCAUGAACCGGCUAUUUUUCCGUUUGGAUUCAUCCAAAACUUCACCAAUUUAGACAAGCUUUAUGUUGGUUGUUGUAAAUUCAGAGAGCUCUUCCCAUCUGAAAGACUAGGUGGUGAUCCGAAGAAACCUCUUGGGACCCUUUCGAGAAUUCGAACCUUGAAGUUGGUUCUCCUUUCGAAUCUGCACCAUAUAUGGAAGCCAAACUCGAAACCGGACCUAAUCCCUCCCUUUCUGGAAUCUCUACUCGUUUGGCAUUGUAACAAAUUGCUCAGUUUGGCACCAUCGUCUUCAUCUUUCGCAAAUCUCACCACUUUGGACGUAUGGAACUGCCAUGGCGCGGGGCAUAUAAUCUCGUCCUCUACUGCCAAAACACUUGUGCAACUCACCAAAAUGAGUAUAAGAGAAUGCCGUGAGGUGACUGAAAUUGUUGAAGAUGAUGAAGAAGCUGCUGCUGGAACAUUAGAAGAAAUUGUUUUCAGCAAACUUGUGAUUUUGAAGCUAAAUGACCUGCCUAGUCUCCUGUAUUUCAGCUCAGGGAGUUAUGCCUUGAAGUUCCCAUCACUGGAAGAAAUAACUGUGAUUCAAUGCCCAAGUUUAAUCAAUUUCCAUGGGGGAACACUGUUAAGCACUCCAAAGCUAAACAAAGUUUGGGUGGCAGAAGAUAUGGAUCGAAGUUGCUGGGAAGGUGACCUUAAUACCACUGUUUCCAAGAAAUUGGGCUCUGGUGCAAGAAGAAGGGGCGUUGACUAUUUGGCAGAUUUCAACUGAUUAGUAUCUCAGGCUUAGACGUUUAACGUACCAGUUGAUUAUUAGUUUAUUAU